ACGCAGCGUACAAGGGAGGGAAUUGCUACUAUGUGGCAAAUUAAAUUCCUUCAAAAUAGACGUAUGAAAGGUAUUUUUUAUCGAAAGGCAAAAUUUAUUUCGUGUAAAAAUUCAAGCUCAGGGAAAAGUAAUGCUGAAAUAGCUUUAUAGCAUAAGAAUACAAUGAACUGGCUGGAUUCAUCUUCGUUUUCUGGUUUUCUGAGUCAAGCACAAAAAUCCAUUGAUAAAGUGUUAGACAUACCUGGAGAUGAUGACUCUACAGCAAAGAAACAAUCCGUGAAAGAGGAGACGAGUGUUUCCAAUUCCAACUCAAAAUCACCACAAAAAAAGAGAAAAAAUGAUAAAAAAUCUUCUGGUAAUUGGCAAACUGUUGCUGAUUCCUUUUGGGGUUCAUUUGCUCAAACUGCUGGCAACAGUUCCACAAAUGCAGACAAGGAAGACAUAUCACAAGAAACGAAGAUAAAUAAAACUUCAGGAAAGUCAACAAAUGCUCCUCUCAAGGAGUCAAAAUUGUCAUCAAGCAAGCAGUUGAACUCAAAACGCAACAGUAAAAGAAAGGUGAAUAAAAAGAAAGCAGAGGAAUCAUGUCAAGUUGACGGAAGUUCAACAGAUGACAAAAUCAUCAGAACUGUUGAUAAAUAUGAAAUGAAUAAAGAAGAUAGCCAAUUGAAUGUCAAAAGUGACUUACAAAUGAAUAGCAUUGACGAUAUUGACAUUCCUAACAAUGAGGCAAAACAAAAUAGAGAUGUGCUCCAAGAUGUUGUUAUACCUACAAAUGUUGUAGAGAUUGAUCGAAAAACAGGAAAUGUUAGAAAGAACGUUAUUGAAAGUAAGGGACAAGAAGAGGUGGGAUUUCAAGAGCUUGAGGCAAAUGAUAAUAGCUCAGGUAUUAACAAUGAAAAGGGAAAAAAUACAGAAACUCAACAGAUUACUGAUUAUGAACAUGAAGAAUCAAUAGAAGGGAUGCUGGCAGAAAAUGAGAACAAAAUAAACACAGCAGAGAAUAAGUUGCUUCGAACUAAUAAUGAGCAAUUGCCUGAUAGGAAACAGGAAGAAACUGUUGUUAGCAAUGUUCAGAGUUCUGAAUCAUCAUUUUCAGCUUUGCCAGAUGAUGUAUCAACACUUGAAAGAAUAGUAGGAUCACAAUGUCUAGUAGAUGAUGACAAAUGCGGUCAAACGAAGAAUGUAUCCCUCACUAUCAGUAACUAUGACAACCAAGAAACCUUAAUUCAGGGCAUAGAUGAAGCAAUUGAAGACAAACAACAGCAAUGCACUGUUCACAUCGAUAACGAUGGAAAGGAACAGUUUGGGGAUUCUGAAGAAAGCAAUAAAGCAAUUUUGGAAAACGAUGUUUUAACAACAACUGUCAGUAAUGAUGAAUUAGAUUUAAAUCAGGAGAAUAAAAGACUCCUUCAAGUCAUCCAUGUAAGAGAGUCGAAACUACUCGAGCUCAGCAAGCAGAACUUAAAUCUUCAAGAAACCAAUGCCAUUUUACGAAGUCAAAUAAAUCAGUUGGAAGAAAUACAUCGUAGCGAAGAUGCGGAGUUAGAAGAGAUGAAAAUUGAGUUCACAAAACGAAUUGGAGAUUCGGAGUCAAAAAUGCACGCUUAUGCGAAGGAACGAGAUGCGUUGAAGAAAAAGUUGGAAGAGACGGAGCAAUGUUUGAAUACGGACACCGAGAGACAAAUGAAAGAUUUCCAGGCAUUGUCUAAGGAAAAAGAUCAACAGAUUGCUCAGUUGAUGGAGGAAGGAGAAAAGUUGUCAAAGCAAAUCUUACAAAGAAAUAACAACAUCAAGAAACUAAGAGAAAAAGAGAAGGAAUUGAAUUCCUCCAAUGAAAAUCUACGCUCAAGACUUGAUUCUGCCGAAGCAGAGCUCGAGAGACUCACUGGAAUACUAAAAGAUCGCGAUCAUCAUGAGAAAGAGAGAGAAGAAGCGAUCAAAAAGCUGAAUGCGUACACGCAAAAGCAGGAGGAAAUUAUAGCCGCACAAAAGACGGAAUUGGAGGAAUCUUCUUCGAAGUUGCCAAGUUUGAAAACAGCCUUGGAUAAUGCUUACAAGGAAAUCACCGAGCUUCAUAAAUUGAAUGCGGCAAAAUCAACCGAAGUUCAGGAAGCCACGUUAAGUGUUGAAAUGACAGCCAAGGAAGAAUUGAGGAUUGCUUUAGAAAAGUUAAAAAAAGAAUCACAAAAAGAAUGUGAUAUGCUAGCAAUGGAGGUGAGCGAUCUUCAGGGUCAAUUAAGUCGAAGCGAACAGCAAGCAGCAAGACGAGAAGACAAGUUAAAGCAAGAAAUACUCGAUAUACAAAUGCGACUUCAAGAAGAAGAAGGCCGAAAUCAAGAAUUGUCGCAAAAUGUUUCAGUAGCCACCAGACCACUUCUUCGUCAGAUUGAAAACCUUCAACACUCUCAUGGAAGUCAACAAAUGUCUUGGGAAAAAUUAGAAAGGAAUCUAACAGAAAGAUUAACCGACGCACAAACUCAACUAGCAACAGCGCAGGAGAAAGAGCGAGCGGCUACCGAGAGAUCGCUUGAACUGUCGUCUAAACUUGCCGCACUUGAGUCUCAAGUGUCGAACUAUCGACAAGAGAAAUCUCGCAUCGAGGCAGAGCUGGAAGUGGAAAGGACGAAGUUGGAAGAGCUGGAAGACUUUAAGAGCAAGGAAUCUGGGAAACUGGAAGCUUUCAAAAUGAAACAUAAGAAGGAAAUGGAUACAUUAACAAUAGAGAAGAGUUUGCUGGAACAACAGCUCGCGGUCGAGAAGACAAAAUUGGAAACUGAGCGAAAAAGAAUAAGUAAACUUGAAGAACAAAUGAAAGAAGAAUCUUGGAAAGGCGAGAGGAAAUCCUCGGGAGAUAACGAGGAUGACGAAAGGAUGUCAACAUCAAGUCAACAUAAACGACGAAAUUCAAGUUCUUCGUCUGUUGUAUCUUUCUCGGAUACCAUGACCAGGAGCCUGCCAUCCGGUAGUACAGCGGUAUUAGAAGAACUAAGAGCCACGAUACGUCAUAAGGAAGGUGAACUGAUGUCGAUGCAGUCAUCUAUCGAAACAUUGGAAACAGGUCGAGAAUCGCUCACCAAAGAGCUGACAGCACUUAUGAACAGAAACGAAAACCUUGCUAAGGAAAAUAAACAGCUCCGUAAUCUUAGCAAAACCUUUCAGGAACUGCAAGGUAAAUACAAUGCAUUGCUGCAAAUGUACGGCGAGAAACAGGAGGAAACAGAAGAACUGAAGUUGGACUUACAAGAUAUCAAGUCAAUGUACAAAGCCCAGAUCCAAGAACUACUGACUCAAAGAUAAUUUCACAUAUUUACUAAAGCUGUACUGCCCACAAAAAUAUUUUGCGAUAUACAAUGUUUUUUGGCCUGAAAGCACGGCUUGAAUAAAAUUCAUUGAUUCACCACUACGCAACAGUUUUCCCUCUGUACACUGAUCAGAAUAAAAGAAAAUCAACAAAACUAUCCCGGCAGCCUUAGUAAAUAUUACUCAAUAUAAUUAAAUUAAAGGUUUCACCAUGCGAUACAAAUGGUAAAUCAAAUUUUCAAUGUAAUAGUAGCAGCCCUUGAAGUUGCCAAAAUUUGAGGUUGGCAACAAAUGGCGGAUUUUUUCCGACAAAAUAUGCGAAUACUGCUUUUACCAAAUAAUGAACGCAGUCAAAAGGGUUUGAAACUUUUUAUGUGUACUUAUAAAAUAUGUAAAUAAAUUCAUGAAACAUGUGAAUAUUUCAAGAGAACGCCUGCGAGCUGUUAA